ACUAGAUUUUAUUGGGCGAACCUGUGCCCACAAAACAGGCUACACUUAUAGCACAACGAAAGCGGCGAACACAGUCGGCGAUCGUCGAAAAAUCUGAUCAGCGGGCCAAGCGCGUCGGCUUUUAUACAGCAGUCGUCGAACGUUCCAGACUAAUCGUUGGGACCCGCGUGCCUUCCACAAAGUUCUACACCAUUCGCGUCACCCGAUGAAAUCUGAUAACACAAGGUUCGGCGACAACAGACAGCCGGAUAGAAGCAUCGAUAACUUUCCAGAAACUUCGGAUGCAUGCAGGCGCGUCCCGCGCUGUGCGAUAACAUUUGUUAGGCGGCGAAACGUGGUCGCCCGAUAAAGAUAAGUACACGUGUCAAUAUUAUAAAGAAAAUAAAAAGCACAGCCGAAAAGCGCCGGGCUCGUGAUGAUGGGGUGGUGGGUUAGAAUAUCGUUGUGAGAAUUUUUUUUUACAGCAAAAGCUAGAUAUGACUAACCUUCCGUAGUUUUCUCGGUGUCCGGCAACAUAAACGGACUUAGCGAUUUCCAACAAACGCAUAUGGGUGAAGUGCGGCGGCGCAAAUGUCAAAUUUCGGUACAGAUUAAAACGCUCGCGUGAGCAAUUGCGUGACAUCAAGGUUACCGCCGUAUAUAAGCAGGAGAGCUAUUUGCGCUAAAAACAGCUGCGUUAUUGAUGGGGCGGACACGUGUAGUUCGUGCACCCGAAGAACAACAUGCGUACUAGGAGCGCCGGAGGGAACAGCAACGAGAACGUAAACGGCGCCGGAGCGAAAUGACCACCGACGAAGAACUUUCCCGCGAUGCUGAACGAAAACGACCAUCGCGAGCCCGGGCACCUCAGAACGAGCAACGACGCCAGACUCGCAAAGCGAAAAAUGACAACCAGUGACAACAGUCAAAGCUCUCAUACGAAAAGCAAAGUGCUUUUACGUCCAUUCCAUUCUCACAGCUUGGAAUGAUUGUCAUUUUUGCAAAGGUUGCUGGAUUAUUGAUUUACUCGUUUGACUUCUGCUCUACUCGUUCUUUUGUCUGGAGUUUUAACACCCCGUCUUACAUGGAGGAUUCCGGCCAAGGGGAGCGAAGGGGCCCGUUGCGUUGCCCAAGGAGAGGGAGGUGAGGGGGGGGUGGGCGUUAGGUAGAAGGCACUGUUGCGACCGCAGACCAAUGAAUAAUGACGCGUUGUUACGUUGUUACUGUGCGACCCAGUGAGACGCCCCCCUCCCCCCUCAUCCACUGACUAACAAACACCUGCGCACAUAACACGCGGUGGAAUAAAAAGGGGGCCCCUCUAUUUAGCAGUGACAAGGCCUGUCACAAUAGUGUAGACUACUAUGGCGGGUCCCCUCACCGCAGUGAGCACCGUUCUGCUUACAGGGGCUCCACGAAUACAAAGAAGAAGAAGAAGGGCAUAGCGGGCUGUGAUGGCAGAACAGCUGCUUACGACGAAACUUGAGAAGCCGAAGGAGCGCACUUUGGUGCUGUUACCAAUCUCGACAGACCCGCGCUCCAUCACGUUCGUGGCCGGCAAGUGCGAAGGUGCCCACCAUUGGGAACAACCGGCCGUCGUCGAAUCCGUGGCUCGACAGCAAGCGUCGGGCGACACGGGUGACGAGCCUUCGACUGGUCCGUUGCCUUCUACAUCGAAUCCAAGGCUCUCCGUGGCCCGCUGGACAGUAGUGGUUGAGCGAUGUGUCGUAGCGAGUGCUGCCGCUCUCGUCGUCAUCAUCUUUGUCUUCGGCUUCGGCUCAUUCGGAGACCAUAGCGGGGAUGGGCGCCGCCAUUCCCCUGCUAACCUUCCGGCUGCCUCAGGCUCGAACCAAGGACUAAGGGCAGCUCGAGUUGCGCGCGACGAACUUUCUCUACUUCGCAACUGGAGCUUCGUCUUGACAUUCUGGCACGAAGACAAAAACAACGGAACGCCCGCCAACGACAGUGCAUUCUUAGCAGCUGGCGACAGUGAAUACGACGAGGCGAAGGGAGGAAUUUCGGUGAAUAUCACGGUGGACGGCAGAUCAUAAUUUAUGCUUUUACGCUUGCACAAAGGUGUACAUAGGUUCUGACAUUCCCGAGGCGCCGAGUGUUCAAGGUCGGUAAGGAGGUGUGCUCUCUUAGUAAAUAGAAGUGCAGCCAGUCUCCAGAUCUUGAGAUCUUUAACGUACUCUUUUCUUUAGCUUUGUUUCUUUACUGAAAUAUCCACGGAAUCUAGAUUGCUAUAAGGAAAUAAAACAAAGUAAAUAUA